UCUCUCUUUCUCUCAUUUCUUCUGUUUUGCAUUGCUCUUUCGGUCUUUGUGCUCAUGGAAGUUAACACCACUGCUGAAAAACACCACACUCAUCAUAAAUACCACCUUUCAAAUUCUCAACCCUAUAACCACCACCACCAUCACCAUAACCAUGGAAAUUUUCCUUCAAAAUAUACUCUCAUUAUCAUGUCCAUCAUCUCAGUUAUGCUCCUUGUUAUAUUCUUGAUCAUUUUAAUCCUUCGACGGCUCAAGUCCACCAAAAGUUACAAUGGCAAAACUUACAGAGAGAAUAGCAUCAUCAGCAGCAACACAAGAAGCAGGUUCAUUGCUCAAACCUCAAUGCCCACCUUCAAUUCCAGCCCAGAUGUGAAGGGUGGGUGCCUAAACCUCCAAGGAGGGGAUUCUGGAAGGUCAGUGCUUAAGACAACAGCAGAAAUACUCACAGCACCAAGCAGAUACAGAAGAGGAGGAGGAGGAGCAGUCCAAGUGUUUUCAUACAAGGAACUUGAGGUGGCCACUGAGAAAUUUAGUGAAGCAAACGUGAUAGGGCAGGGUGUGUUUGGGGUUGUGUAUAGGGGGAUCCUCAGAGAUGGGACUGUGGCUGCAAUUAAGAUGCUGCAUAGAGAAGGAAGGCAAGGGGAGCGUGCUUUCAGGCUUGAGGUGGAUCUACUAAGCCGAUUGCAUUCUCCAUACUUGGUGGAGCUACUUGGCUAUUGUGCUGACCAACAUCACAGGCUCCUAAUAUUUGAAUACAUGCCCAAUGGUACCCUACAACACCAUCUCCAUUCCACAAACAACCAUAAGCCGUUGGAUUGGGGGACCCGAUUGAGGAUAGCCCUUGAUUGUGCCAAGGCCCUUGAGUUCCUCCAUGAGCAUGCCAUCCCACCUGUCAUACACCGUGACUUCAAGUGCACCAGCAUUCUACUUGAUCAAAACUUUCGUGCCAAGGUGUCGGAUUUCGGAUUGGCCAAGACGGGUUCUGAGAAGAUCGACGGUCAGAUUUCGACGCGGGUUCUGGGGACCACGGGGUAUUUGGCACCAGAGUAUGCCUCCACAGGACAGCUUACUACAAAAUCAGAUGUGUACAGCUAUGGUGCUGUUCUUUUAGAGCUGUUAACCGGGCGUGUGCCAGUUGAUACCAAGAGGCCUCCUGGAGAGCGUGUCCUUGUCUCAUGGGCUCUACCAAGGUUAACUACCAGAGAAAAAAUAUUGGAAAUGGUUGAUCCAUCUCUAAGAGGGCAAUACUCAAACGGGGAUCUAAUUCAGAUAGCUGCUAUUGCUGCAAUGUGUGUGCAGCCAGAAGCUGAAUACCGGCCUCUAAUGGCAGAUGUUGUACCGUCUCUAAUUCCUCUGGUUAAGAACUCUGGUUGUGUUGGUUCCUCUGGCUCCUCUAGAUUUCAGAAUCAAGUAGCAAGUCCGAUGUAUUAGCUACGGGCUGUACCAAAGUCGGAACACUUGAAGGGAACCAUUCAGACCAACUAGUUAUUCGUCUAGUGGUAUAUCUUAUUUUCAACACUAGAUAUAUUGAAGUACCAUGGAUGAGUGAGUUACAAGUUUCAGUUCCAUCAAUAAUAUUUGACGCAAACGCAUACAAAGUACUCUGGAUGGAUGUGAAGUGAAGCACAUUAAGCAAAAUAUUAAUUAAGC